AUGUUUUUCACUUAAUUAUUUCUCUUUAUUUUUUCGGUUGUCUUUUCAUUUUCACCUCAACUGGUUCCGCGCCAAAAGUAAUACGGCGCAAUUUAGCUGAAGAAGCCGAGUUUAAAUUAAAAUACGCCGCUUCUAAUCGAACAAAGAUGUGACGUAAACCUUGUGCGUAUAUUAACAAGUCAGUUCGUCUUCCACUAAAAUAAAAAGUUGCAGACUUGGCCGAGUAAAGCUCGAAUCGAUCCUAUAAUGGCAGCUGCGCCGAGGAUCCGCAAAAGGGUUCGAGCGAUUCCUCGUGCUUCUGAUGGGAGUGCCUUCCAAAACUGCCAUGUGUGUGGCGUGUCAGUGGCAAUUGCUUUGGCAGAUAUGCAUGAUUGUCAAUCAUCCCACAAAGUGAAAAGAUUCAAAGGCAUACGAGCGAGCCCAAAAGUGAAAGAAGAGUCGUUUUGGGACCAACCCAGAUCGGCCUUUUCUUUCUUCAUGGAGGAGUUCAAGGAAAACUAUGAAAGUGAAGAAGAUUCAAUUGAGAUUGAUCGUAAAGGGUUUGAAACUUGGAAGAACAUGUCAAAGAAGGAGAGGCAACCAUACGUUCGUGAAGCUUGUUAUGUGGACUUUGUCCACGAGAAAGCUACGCGUAAAGAAGCAUGUAAAAUGUCAAAGGGUCAUACAUUCAAAGAAUGCUCUGAAGACUCUGAUGAUUCUGAUGGUUGGCAUACUUAUGCGAGUGAAGAUGGGACAGAUCCGGCAGCGGCUGAGUCAUCUGAGCCUGAUUGUUGGGAAGACUGUACGGGUUAUGGAUGGCACACUUAUGUGCCGACUAAAGAAUGAUCUAUCGACUCUCCCAAUGAAGUUUGAAAAACUUAUCCGAGGUUUCACUUUUGUUAGAAGAUUUGGGUGAUGGGGCCAUAUCAAUUUGUGAAGAUAGAAAAUUGAAAUGGUAACAGGAGGAGCUUUUGCCAUCACCUAUGUUAUUCUCAAAAGGCAAGUCUUUUGGCUAUUGUACAGUAAGAGUAGGAGUUUGGAUUCUAAGAAUAGAUAGCUUGUUUCCUCUAUUGUUAUGAAAUGUACCCAAUUUUCUUAUUAAAUUGAACAUGUUGCAAGGUUGACUUUAUAUGGAAAUUUGUAAAGUUAUGACGUC